CACCUGGCGGAAGGCGGGGCCUCACCUGCGGGCGGUGAGCCGGGCCGGGUGGGGCUCAGUGAGGCAGCGGCGGGCGUCGCCUCUCGGAGUUCCGUGGGUCGCGGGGCGAUGGCUGGGCCCGGGGCGUGGGGCCGGCUCCACUUCGUGCUCCUCAGCGUCAGCUCCUGGUCCUUGAUAUCUGCCCAGGUGAUGGACACAAAAACCAUUCAAGUGCCUGAGAACGACCCAAUUGAAAUACCCUGUGCUGCGUACGUAUCGCAAAGCGGAACACCCAGGGUCGAGUGGAAGUUUGAAAAGGGCUCUUCAAUAGUGCUGUUCUAUUAUGAUUCCAAAUUCACAGACCCCUACAAAGGCCGUGCUCAGUACACACCCACAGGCAUUCGUUUCACUUCGGUGACUCGGAAGGACACGGGGAAGUAUAUCUGCGAGGUCCUCUGGACCGGGAGCGGUGGCAGUGGUGAACUGAGCAAGUCAGAAGUUGACCUCAUUGUCCAAGUGCCUCCCUCCAAGCCCGUUGCCAAGGGGCCCACCUCGGUGACAAUCGGAAACAAAGCUGUGCUGAAAUGUGUGGAGACAGAUGGGUCUCCACCUCCUACCUUCCAAUGGUACAAGGACAACAUCCUGAUGCCCUCCAACCCCAAGAUCAAUGAGAAAUUCAGGAACUCCUCCUACACGAUCGACACCAAGACUGGAGUGCUGACGAUUGAGCCCGUAACCAGCUUCGACACGGGGGAUUAUUUUUGCGAGGCUCAGAACAACGUUGGGACUGCUCAGAAAUCUGAAGCCAUCCACUUGGAAGCCACUGAAGUCAACGUGGGCGGUAUUGUGGCAGCUGUGGUCGUGCUGCUAAUCGUGCUGGCACUGGUUGCCUUCGGGAUCUGGUUCGCCUACAGCCGUGGCUUUUUCAGCAAGAGAAGAGGCAGCACUAAUAAGCAAGUUAUCUACAGCCAGCCCUCCAACCGGAGUGACGGAGAAUUCAAACAGACCUCGUCCUUCCUGGUGUGACGUUGGCCCUGGCUUGGAUCCCCCUCUCCUGCCGACGUCCUCCCUUGCCCCAUGAACUGCUGUAAAUGUUCUGUGUGAAUUACUGUAACACUGCGAUUUUAACUGUUUUUUUUUUAAAGUUACACCUAGUGCCUUUUUAGUCCUGUUCUAGACUCUCCCUGUCCUGUAGAUCCAUGGGGCUGGAGUCUUGCACUCUGCGCUGCAGGCAACUUCGCAUAAACCAGCGUUAUUUUCCUAAGCGACAGAUGACAAACCCAGCUGCUGAACACACCCAGCAGAGGGGCUCCCCUGCCACUUGCUGGCAUUGCAGAUUGCUCACCCUGCUUUGGGGAUGUCUGCUAGCACCAGGCUUUCCCAAGGAGGGUGAAAUUCAGCCCAUGCAGCAGGUCAGUGUGAGGCCUUUGCAGCACCAUAGUGCCACUUAAGCCUGUCGGAGGGUUUUAUGCUGCCAGAGGUGGCAGGCUGGGGAGCCCUGGUUAUGCUAAAGCACUGAAUGUAGGGAAUGCAAGUAUAUUUUUGUGACUGUAGAAGAUUGUUGUGUGGUCCCCACCGUCACUGCUAUACUAGUGUGUCAGGAUGUCAUCUUUGUGGUGUCUGAACUGGUUGAACUCUACAACUCAACUACAUCCCCCCCGCUGUCUGUGUCCCUCCCCCCGAAAAAGUGUCCCCAUUUUUCCACUAUCUGGUCACCCCAACCUCAGUAUGAAUGGCAGGAGUCUUGAGCCACCACACAUCUGGAUCCACUGAGAAAUACUUGUAGGGAACGAGCCUGUUGCAGGAAGCGGGAAAGGGGCCGCUGCAAGGCUGCGGUAGAUUGGUGCCUCAUCCGAGGAAUCUGUAUUUUUCUCUUGCGGGGCUCCAAAGCAGACUGGAUCGGUUACCAGGAAUAACGGAGGUUGGAAUCAAAUCCUUCACUUUGUUGGGUCACAGUGUGUCACCACCCUGGCAAGAGCUCUUCAGGAGGCUGUCCUGCAAGCAGAGGCUGUAGGGCCAGACUCCUCUCCCAACAGCUGGACAGAUUUAACUGUGCGGCUGCUUUUUAUUACAGUUCAGCAAGAGAAACCUUCCCAGACCUUAACUUGAAAGCCUGAGACACUGUAAUAGUCACUUUUAAAACCACUUUAAAAUACUUGUGUAAUUUUAUCUAUUUGUAACUGGAAAUAAACCCUUUGGUUUGA